ACGCCGGGGACUGAAAACGUGGUGCCUUACUUUUAGACUUGACAUAUCCCGAUCUAUAGGUGCUUUGUAGCGUUACUUUUUAUUCUGACUUUGCAGUAAUGCCUCCUAAAAAGGCAGCAGCGGACUCUGUUGAGGUUCCUGAGUCCUCCAGCGAUGCUCUGGUGGAGGAAAAUGUCGAGGAAAAAUCAGAUGAUGCGCCGCUGCGCAAACCUGCAGCUCAUCCCUCCACAGCCAUUAUGGUACGAGAAGCACUUCAAGAGCUGGACUCCCGUAAAGGCGUGUCAUCCCAGGCCAUACAGAGUUAUAUCAAACAAAAAUACCCAUCCGUCGAUUUGGUUCGGUUGAAGCACUUGGUCAGAAGAGCCCUAAAAAAGGGAAUCGAGACCGGCACAUUGGUGCGCCCUGCCAACUCCAACGUCACUACAGGCGCAACGGGAAAAUUUAGGCUUGCACAAAAAGGCAAAGAGCCAAAGACAAAAAGUGAGAACACUGAUCCAAAUGUGCAGAAAGUGACCAAAGCAGCGAAGGAUGGCGCCAAAAAGCCCAAAACCGCAGGUACCACAAAGAAGAGGGAGACAGAAAAUGAAGAGACCAAGGAAAAGAAGGAUACAAAGCCUCCCAAAAAGUCAAAGAAAGACGAAGGGGCUCCGGCAAAGCCUGCUCCAGCAAAAAAGCCAGCUGCCAAAAAAGCUGCAGUGAAAGGCGACGGUGAGGGAACCGCCGAUUCAGCCAUAAAGAAGUCAGCAAAAACGACUAAAGGGGUGACGAAGACUACAAAGGAGGCAAAGGCAGGAAAGGCUUCCCAGAGUAAGGCUGCUAAAGCAGGAAGUGAUGCCUCUGCUCCAAAAGCACCUGGGAAGCGAGGGAAGAAGGCUGUAGAGUAAUGUUGUAAUUAUUAACUGAUGUUUUUAAACUAUUUCACUUUGCAAUAAAAUCUUAAUUUUUUGA